UUCAAACCGCUUUUUCACUUUUGAAGGUUCUGACAUUGUCUUGUAUUUCUAAUGUUUCAUUUGCUGAUGUUUUAUAGAAGAUUUAAGUAUGGAAAAGUGACAUUAUUUUAAUAUGAGUUUUCUUUGUUAUUUUAGUGGACAUAUUUAUUAACCAUUUUUGGCAAAGAUGCGUUACCUGCGUGAGUACUCAAGAAUUGUCGAGCUGAUGGAAGAAUACAAGCCCAAGCCAGUGCCCACGGGCCCUCGUACUUCAGUACGGUACAAACCCAUGAAAGACCGGGUACCUAUACCAAAGUCCCCAUCUGUUAAGCUGCUAAGUGACGAGGUGGCCAUGGAUAUAUACAGACAGAGUGCUUCUAAAUCCUUGAUGAUUAACAUGUCCUCACUGGAAAUCUUUAGAAAUGAUUUGACUAAAAAAGUGAAAAUGCUAGACGUGAAACUGUCUUUCUCUUACCAAGAAAACUUUAACACACAAACAGUGCGCUUAGAAAAACACUUGGUGCGUCAUGGUAACAAAUGGAUUUGGGUGAAUGAUGAUGGAAGCAAGAGUGUGAUAACUUUUCCUUACCUUCCAGGAGAUAGGGUCAAUCUCAAUAUCGGUAUAUUUGUGCAUAAAACAAAAAAGCAUGGCAUAUUUGGUAAAGACACUAUCACAACGCAGGUUGGAACAGCAACAGAGGUGGUGGUGCUAUCUAGAGACAAUGGUGUUGGUAUGGGCCUUAACUUAGGUGAAAUAUACACCCAGAACAUGCGGUUAAAUUUUGAUAUCAAUGGCCGCGGACAUAAACUCACGCUUAAGUGCAAAUUGGACUUAGUGAAAGAAGAUAAAGGCGACCCAAUGAUGUGGCUGCGUCCAAAGUCUUCCAACAAACGAUUCCGAAGCCAUGACACUGCCUUCAAUCUCCUUCUUGAUUUGCCGCCAAAAGACAAAGAUGAAGAUGCUCGUGUGAAGAUGUUUGUGUACAAUAACCAAAGAUUAGUGAACUAUAACAAGGCGGGAAUCCUUGAGUGCAGAACGGUGCGUCCUGCGUGCACAGAGACAGAUAUUCCCACAGGCGUGGAACUCCAAACAGUGCUAGGGGGCAAGCUGCUCGCGUACUUGGUCCCAGUUGUGAAGACGAUCGAUGCUGAGAUGUACCGCUAUAGAUUGGCCAUUCUGGUUGUGACUGCAGAAGGACCGUACUGUCUCUGCUCAGCAAAGUGGAAAACAUCCGACAAGUUCGAUUACAAGAUCUACAUGUUCAAGACAGGAGACACAUUUGGGCAGCGUAUCCGUUGGUCCUCCAAGGACUUUCUGGACAUCAGCUACGCCAUCGUAAACAGCACAGGCCAUCAGAUCAUCCUGCGCAAAGACUCGGACUCCCUCGUGGAAGACAUCUGUAUCAGUCUUUCGCUGAAGAUGCUGGUGCGUUGGGCGAGCGAACCGUUGCCCUGGAAACAGAAGGACCGCGUUCCCAUGAUGGAGUGCCAGAAGUUCCUCAGUGCAAAAUACUCAAACAGCGGUCAGAAGAUAUCGGAUUUCUCCGGACGUGAUAUAAAUUCUCACAUGCGAACGCUGCCGCAGUUUUUGGAGCAGCAGGAGCUCAUGAUCUUCACUGACAUUGAGGAGUUUCUAGUGGAAGACGACAUAGACAGUAAGAUAGAUAGUGGAGACCUGGAGAUCAAUCUCACAAGGGCGUCCAGCCAGUUGAGUUGUGAAAGUUUGAGAAAGAUGCGUAAACGCACGAAGCGAAAAGGAGAGCUAAACAUCGAAGAUCCUGAGGACCUAGAAGGAGAUGUAGAGACAAACACUCAGAGCUCUCGUUACAAGUUCGAGAUUGGUGGCUCAAGGGACGAUCUAACGACGUCUGCCUUCGUAGACGAUCGGUCAGAACAUACUGGGGGAGGUUCCUGGAUAGAUUCAGUUUUGUAGCACUAGGAUGGAGUAAACCAUAAAUGUGAUGUGCAUUUAAACUGUUGAAAGUUGUAGGAUCAUGGCAUUUGCUUCCAGUGCAUUGUAACCUGUCUUUGGAACCUCACUUCCUGAGGUGUUGAUUAUAAAUAUUAUGGAACUGUUGCAAAUUUCUAAUAAUAAUGUUUUCAUUGCACUAUUGUGUUCAUUUCUAAAUCAUCCCACAUUAAAUCCCUUAUCAGUUUUUAUAAUUGUAUUUUAAUUUCUUGUUAAAUGUUAAGAAACAUACAUUUUAUAUGUAUUUUAUUAUUGAUAUGGGCAUAUUUCUGAUAAAUGGGAAGAAUAACCUUUUUCACAAAGGCAAACUAAGAGAAAUAGUUCUGCUGUUUUUUUGGUGUUUGAAAAUAAAACCAUUAUUUAACUUCUAUUAAAUUGCCAAAAGGAGAUAGUAACAAAAUAUCAAAAAUGUAUGAGCUAGUCAAUCUUAAUGGUAUUAUUUGAUAAUUUUUCUAUGUUGAAUAAUUGUUGAUUUGCUCACCUUUUUUAAGCUGUCAAUAAAUUUAGUGAAUAAGUUUAUUUUUCUUUCAGCAUAUGUGAAUUCAUAAUGUUAACACAAACACUUGCUUGACAAGGAUGUUAUAUUUUACAUUUUGACAUUUUAACAAAUUUAAGUGAGAGUGGUUGUUGCAUUUCACGUUUUGCUUUUAUACAUGUACCCAUAAAUCACUUGAAAUAUGAGUUAAGUUUGACAUGCUAACAAAGACUUUAUGUCAAAUGAUAACUUCCAUCUUCCACCACUGCAAGUUUCACUUUAAGCCACACUUUUUUACAUGCAAUGAAUUGAUUUCUCUUAUAAAGAUUAUGACUAACCUUGGACACAUUUUUUAAAAAUUAUAAAAUCGUUAAAAAGUGUGGAACAAUAAUAACCUAGCUUUUCAGGUUAUGAGAUUAGAUUUGAAAAUCGUUAUUGUUUCUGUUUAUCUGAAAAAUGCCAUUUUGAUCAAUUUAUUGUUAAAAUCAUAUAUAGCAAUAUUUUUGUAACUAUUUUAAAUUGUUUACCUGUAAAUGUUUUAUUAAAACUGUGUCUAAUUUUUCAAACUGUUCCUUCCUUGUUUUCAUGUUUAAUUAGGUCAAGCAAUAUAACUUAAAAUCUGAAAUUCUUAUCUAUAUUGUGGCAGAAAAGUGAUGGUAAUUACUGCUGAUAUUGUGCAUAAAUGAUUAUACCUUUACCCAAAACAUUGCAUUAAUUUCCGUUCACAAUGUUAAAAUAUUGUGCUUUUAAAAUUUGCAUAAUGUAGGAUCUUAGAAGAAAAAGAUCAAGAAAAAAAUAAUAUGCUAGUACCCUCUGCCCCUCCUCCAUCCAAAUGCAUAGAGCAUGCUAAAAACCAUUAUUAUCUGUGUAGGACUAAUAAUAAAUUCCCUUGUUUGAGCAAACUAUUUUGAUAUAUCACAUUUGCUUAGCAUUUAACCUUGCCCCUUUUAGCAGCAGCCUCUAUGUUUGGUCAGCAUAGAUCAUUCACUACAUGUACAUAGUUCAGUAAAAGAAUGUUCAUCUGUUAUAUAGGUAGUGCUAGUUUGUACAUUUAUGAUACCUGAUAUGCUAUAAAAUUACUCUUUAAUUUCGUCAGGGCUGUCUGCAGCUUGAAAAUGCAAAAACAUUGCAUUUAGUUGCCGCCCAAAAUGUGAUAUAUCCAUUAUUUGCACUGCUGCACAAUUUUGAACAUUUCUAAUGCUUAUUUUUCAUUUUAUUUUUACUUAAAACCCAAAACAUACUAAUAAUAAUUAGUAAUAAGAAGUAAUGCAAUUUGAUAAUUAUGCAGGUAUAUCUGUGAACAAAAAUAUACAGGUAAAUAUUUUAUUACUGUAUUUAUGUGUAGUGUAUUUGCAUUUGUAGUUGUAAUACCAGUUUGUAACCAAAUGAAAAAGAUUAUUUCUCUCUUGUUGAUAAUUUGCAUUUGUGUGCAAUAUUUACUUGUAAUUAUGUAGCCUGUAAUUAAAGUCUACCCAGACUAGGGUAGAUAACUGUAACAUGUCUAGUUAUGGAAAUUGUGCAAAGUUGUCUUUCUUUUUUCAGCCCCUUGAGAAAAUAAUAAACAAAAGAUCACAUUUGUAAAAAUAACAGCAUGUUUAAUAAGCGCCAUUUUUCGUACGUAGUAAUAAUAUAAUCCCUUGUUCAAUUACAGGUAUACUUCAUUUCUGUGAUUAAGCUUAUUAUGUGUAAAUAUACUGUUUAUAAAUUAUAUUGUAUUGUAUUUAAACACAUAUAAAUAGAAAUAAAGUGUGUGCUUUAUCGGAAAUUCAGCACUUUCUAGUUAUUUGUUUUAAAUAUAACUCUUCUGUUAACAACUUUCAUCACUAAGAGCUGGAUUUGUUGACAUUUGUAACAUUGUCAUGUAUUUAAUUCCACUUAUUAUCCCCCGCCAUAGGCGGAGGGAUAUUGUUUAGGCGUUGUCCGUCCGUCGGGCACUUUUGUGUCCGGAGCCAUAUCUUGGAAGUGCUUUGGCGGAUUUCAUUGAAACUUGGUGUGAGUAUAUAUAUAUAUAUAUAUAUAUAUAUAUAUUAGGGCUGUCACGAUUCACCGGUAUACCGGUAUAUCGCGGUGCAUGUCGUGAAAAAAAUCGCACCGCGGUACGGCGUUGCCGCACCGGUUUUUUUAAUAUUAUUAUAUUAGCACAUAUAUAAAUACAUUACAUAAUUAUUUUGAUAUAGAUAUCGUUUUGAAAACUGUAGAAGCGAUUCAAAAGGGCUAAAUAAAUAAUCCGUUAAUAUCCAGGUCAAGCAAGCGCUUCCACUGGUAGAUGUUUAACUUUCACGUUUAAAAUACGGCAAUGUAUGGGUCCGUACCUUUUUUUGAAUUUGGGUUAGAUUUCCUUUGCAAAUAAGUUCAUAAUUAUCCAAAAGAUGUUUACUCUAUUUCUUAUUUUCUUUCUUUAGAAUAUCGAUCGUUCAAAGCAUGGCACUUCCAAAUCAUGUUAUCUUAAGAUUAUGAAUAAGUCGAGGAAGAAUCAGAACGCUACGGAUUUUCAAUACUGGGCCUGCUGACUCCGCAUUUUAAACAUGCCCUUGAAGCGUUCGAUUUACACAGGUCGUAGUCACAGCUAUUGUAAACAACAUGGCGGACAUUUUAGAAAAAGACGCGAAUAACAAUAACAAUAACAAUGACUACUUCUAUCAAGUUUAUUACAGUUUCUUUUACAGUUUCAAGUCAUACUAUGAUACCCGUGUUUUCUGAUUAUUGUGUUUAAUAAAGUUUGUAAACUGUUUUCUUUACAGAUACAUAUUCUGUAAAAUAUCGCGGUACGUACCGCGAUACAGUGUUGCUGUACCACGAUAUACCGCGGUACGCUCACGGCGUAUCGUGACAGCCCUAAUAUAUAUAUAUAUAUAUAUAUAUAUAUAUUAUAUAUUAAAGACGAUGGUGCACACCAAUUGGCAUUGUACACCAUUUCUUAAUAACAGAGUUAUGGCCCUUUGUAUCUUUAAAAAAAUGCUUUUUUUGUGUCAGGAGCCAUAUCUUGAAAAUGCUUUGGCGGAUUUAAUUGAAACUUUGUAUGAGUAUAUAUAUGGAUAAGAGGAUGAUGCAUGAUGAUGGAAUUGUACACCAUCUGUUAAUAACUGAGUUAUGGCCCUUUGUAUCUUUAAAAAUGUUUUUUUGUGUCAAGAAGCAUAGUCAAGAACCAGAAGCAUAUUCGCGGGGGAUAUCAAUUCAACGAAUUUGCUUGUUUGUCGCAUCUUUUUUAUGAAGAUUUAAAGUUGUUGUUUUUUUAUAAAGAAUUUAAGCUUUUAAAUCUUUACUUCAACAUUCAUUUUUAACCAGGUUUUCCGAAGGAAAAAACUGGUUAUUAGAUUGGCGAAUGCGGGCGGGCUGGCUGGCUGGCUGGCGGGCUGGCUGGCGGGCGGGCUGGCGGGCGGGCGGAACAAGCUUGUCCGGGCCAUAACUAUGUCGUUCAUUGUCAGAUUUUAAAAUCAUUUGGCACAUUUGUUCACCAUCAUUCGAUUGUGUGUCGCGCGAAAUAAUUACGUCGAUAUCUCCAAGGUCAAGGUCACACUUUGAGUUCAAAGGUCAAAAAUGGCCAUAAAUGAGCUUGUCCUGGCCAUAACUAUGUCAUUCAUUGUGAGAUUUUAAAAUCAUUUGGCACAUUUGUUCACCAUCAUGGGACGGUGUGUCGCACGAAAGAAUCACGUCAAUAUCUCCAAUGUCAAGGUCGCCACGACUAAAAAUAGAUUUUUUUUAAAAACAAACUUACAAAGGGGGUUUAUUUUGUUUGUUCAUUUCAAAAGUUCAGUUUGAGUUUUCUCCCUUUAUCAGAUUUUUUUUUCACAAUGAAAACCUGGUUUUGUGACAAUUUUGUCCCUUGUAUAAAAAUAGUUUGAGUUGAUUGACUAUGUAAUGGUAAUAAAUUACUGAAGUAUUGUGCUUGAGAAAGGCUAUAUUGUAAAUUAAUUACUCUAUAGUGGAAUUGUACAAUAUUCACUUAGUAAAUUCACGAAAACAUAAUCUAGAAAUGUUUUCUAUGGGAAUAAGUGACUUAUACAUAAAAAACUUUAGUUUACUUAUCACCAAAUGUAUCUUUUUUGUAGCUGUGUACUAUCAUUAGUGGAUCUUUCUUUAGAUUUGAUUUCAUGCCAUAAGAAUAUUAGUAUUAAGAUUUUCUCCUGAUUAUGUUUCUGGAGUGUCUUCAUUUUUAGCUUAUCUAUUUUUUGAAAAAAAAAUAUGAGCUAUUGUCAUCACCUUGGCGUCGGCGUCAGCGUCCGGUUAAGUUUUGCGAUUAGGUCCAAUUUUCUCAUAAAGUAUCAAUGCUAUUGCAUUCAAACUUGGUAAACUUACUUACUAUUAUGAGGGGACUGGGCAGGCAAAGUAAGAUAACUCUGGCUCGCUUUUUGACAGAAUUAUGUGCCCUUUUUAUAAUUAAAAAAAUGAAAAUUUUGGUUAAGUUUUGUGUUUAGGUCCAUUUUAUUCCUUAAGUAUCAAAGCUAUUGCUUUCAUACUUGCAACACUUACUAACUAUCAUAAGGGGACUGUGCAGGCAAAGUUAUGUAACUCUGACUGGCAUUUUGACAGAAUUAUGUGCCCUUUUUAUUAUUAGAAAAUUGAAAAUUUUGUUUAGUUUUGUGUUUAGGUCCACUUUUUCCUAAAGUAUCAAAGCUAUUGCUUUCAUACUUGCAACACUUACUAACUAUCGUAAGGGGACUGUGCAGGCAAAGUGUAACUCUGACUGGCAUUUUGCCGGAAUUAUGGGCCCUUUAUACUUGAAAAUUUGUUUAAGUUUUGUGUUUUGGUCCACUUUACCCCUAAAGUAUCAUAGAUAUUGCUAUCAUACUUGGAACACUAGCAAACUAUCAUAUGGGGACAGUAAAAGGACAAGUAACAUAACUCUGGUUGCCAUUUUUACGGAAUUAUGGCCCUUUUUUGACUUAGUAAAUUUGAAUAUAUGGUUACAUUUUGUGUUUAGAUCCACUUUACUUCUAAGGUAUCAAGGCUAUUGCUUUUAAACUUCAAAUACUUUAAUGCUAUCAUGAGGGUACUGUACCUGGCAAGUUGAAUUUUACCUUGACCUAUGAAUGACCUUAAUCCCCCCCCCCAUUUUUUUUUUAAAUUAAAGAUCAUCUAAUAAAUGACCACCACACCCUCACACUAUACCCCCCACCCCCACCCCAAAAAAUAAUUUUUAUGCCCCCGGUAGGGUGGCAUAUAUCAGUUGAACUGUCCGUCUGUCAGAAAAAACUUUAACAUCGGCCAUAACUUUUUCACUUUUAAAGAUAGCAACUUGAUAUUUGGCAUGCAUGUGUAUCUCACAGAGCUGCACAUUUUGAGUGGUGCAUGGUCAAGGUCAUCCUUCAAGGUCAAAUGUCAAAUUUAUGGUGUCUGUCCGUCCGAAAUAUUGAAGAUAGCAACUUGAUAUUUGGCAUGCAUGUGUAUCUCAUGGAGCUGAACAUUUUGAGUGGUGAAGGUCAAGGUCAUCCUUCAAGGUCAAAAAAAAAAUGUUAAAAGUGGCGUUCUCAUGAAGCUGCACAUUUUGAGUGGUGGAAGGUCAAGGUCAUCCUUCAAGGUCAAGGUCAUCCUUCAAGGUCAAAGGUCAAAAAAUAAUAAUUUCAAAGCAGCGUUAUCAUGAAGCUGCACAUUUUGAGUGGUGGAAGUUCAAGGUCAAGGUCAUCCUUCAAGGUCAAAGGUAAAAAAAUAAUAAUUUCAAAGCCGCAUUAUCAUGAAGCUGCACAUUUUGAGUGGUGGAAGGUCAAGGUCAUCCUUCAAGGUCAAGGUCAUCCUUUAAGGUCAAAGGUCAAAAAUAAAAAUUCAAAGCGGCGUUCUCAUGAAGCUGCACAUUUUGAGUGGUGGAAGUUCAAGGUAUAGGUCAUUCGUCAAGGUCAUCCUUCAAGGUCAAAGGUCAAAUUUUUUUUAUUCAAAGCGGCUUUAUCAUGUAGCUGCACAUUUUGAGUGGUGGAAGUUCAAGGUCAAGGUAAUCCUUCAAGGUCAAGGUCAUUCUUCAAGAUCAAAGGUAAAAAAAUUAUAUUUCAAAGCGGGUUCUCAUAAAGCUGCACAUUUUGAGUGGUGGAAGUUCAAGGUCAUCCUUCAAGGUCAAAGUUAUAAAAAAAAAUCAAAGCGGCGCAAUAGGGGGCAUUGUGUUUCUGACAAACCACAUCUCUUGUUUUUUUUUCAAACAUGUUUAAAAAACACAAAUAUUUAUUUUAUGCCCCCUUCGCAAAAAAUUGGGGUAUAUUGCUUUGCACAUGUCGAUCUGUUGGUCGGUCCGUCCACCAGGUGGUUCUGGAUGAUAACUCAAGAACGCUUGGUGCUAGGAUCAUGAAACUUCAUAGGUACAUUGAUCAUGACUCAAAGAUGACCCCUAUUGAUUUUCAGGUCACUAGGUCAAGGUCACGGUGACCCGAAAUAGUAAAAUGGUUUCCAGAUGAUAACUCAAGAACGCUUAGGCCUAGGAUCAUGAAACUUUAUAGGUAGAUUGAUCAUGACUAGCAGAUGCCCCCUAUUGAUUUUCAGGUCACUAGGUCAAAGGUCAAGGUCACAGUGACCCAAAGUAGUAAAAUGGUUUCCAGAUGAUAACUCAAGAACGCUUAUGCCUAGGAUCAUGAAACUUCAUAGGUAGAUUGAUCAUGACUGGCAGAUGACCCCUAUUGAUUUUCAGGUCAAUAGGUCAAAGUUCAAGGUCAGGAUGAC